AUGUCAAGGAUAAAGCUCAGUCCGCAUAAGCGACCCAAAGCGGGUAGGAACAAGCCUGUUUCGAUCGAAACAGCGACCAGCACGCGAGAGAUGAGACCCACCAUUUUCCGAAAACUCUACAUGAGGGGCGACCUGCCGGUAGCAAUGGAGCACUAUGGAAUGGGCAACAAAAUAUUUUGGAAGAAAGAAAUCGAGAGGUUGGAUUAUCACCACUACCUUCCUCUGUUCUUCGAGGGACUCCGUGAGACUGAGCAUCCGUUUGACUUCUUCGCCAGCCGAGGCAUCAAUGACAUAUUGGAACAUGGAGGCCGUAAGAUACUACCAGUCAUUCCUCAGCUCAUCAUACCUAUCAAGGAUGCUUUCAACACUCGCGACAGACGAGUUAUCUGCAGCACGUUGAAGGCCCUCCAGAAAUUGGCCGUAUCGGGCGAGUUUGUCGGCGAGGCUCUUGUGCCGUAUUACCGCCAAAUCCUACCCGUUCUCAACAUUUUCCGCGGAAUGAACUUCAAUUCUGGUGAUGGGAUCGAGUACGGUCAGCAGAAGGGCUUCAACGUCGGAGACAUGAUCCAGGAGACCCUGGAAGUCCUCGAGAGAAACGGAGGAGCAGAAGCGUUCGUCAACAUCAAGUACAUGGUCCCAACCUACGAAUCCUGCAUGACCGUCCAGGAGUGAUGACGUCAUCUAUUACCGUAAUUUACUGCCUAAAAUUAUUGACGCGGUAAAACCGCCUAUUCAUUUCGUUAAAGAAAGGAAAUGAGAAGAAGACUACGACGAUGAGGGCCCCACCCACCAACCCUCCAUGACCAGCCGCAAAUGAUGACGCCAUCGAUUUAGGUUAUUUUACCGUAAUUUACUGUUUAUUUAACAUUCACAUAUGACGCGGUAUACUGCUCUUUUUCAUUUGGAAGAAAGAAAAAAGUUAAAGAAGGAGUUGAUAAAAAAAA